GGGAAAGGCGCCGACGACGACCAUGGAGAAGCUCAGUUCCCCGAAACUCAUGAUGUCCCCCACAGCUACAUGGAAGCGGCAGAAGAAGUUCACGCCCACGCGGCCCAUUGUAGCAUCCCCGCAGCCCAUGAAGACGCGGAGGCGACGGCAUUGCACGUCGCUGUUGUUCUCGCCAGACCCGGACGCGACUGCGGCGAAAAAGCCGAGAUGUGAUUCGUGCACGCCAACCACAGAGCACGAAGACAAUGGCGAAGAAGGGAUGACGGGAUUCACGAGCAGUUCCAAGAUCGAAGACGUGGGGUUGUUCAACUGCGACCACGACGUUCAGUUCACGGGCGGGUUGUACGGCGAAGGCACGGACGGCAAGGUCAGCGCGUGCAUCGUCCAAGGGCAAAAGAUCGCGUUGAAGCGAUCCAAACCCCACGAAGGCUUUACGGCCGACCAAGCGAAGCGGAAAAGCGCCGUGGAACUGCAUUACUUGCGCCGCGUGCGACACAAGCCAGGGUUCAUCCAAUGCCUCGGCAUGUGCGACGGGAUCGAGCACACGUGCAUUGCGUUGGAAGUGAUGGACUGCAAGUUGAGCGACUACCAGCGCAAGCGUAUGGGUGUCAAGCAGCCGUUCCCGGCCCCCGUCGCACAUCGCAUCCUCAAGCAAAUCGCCGCCGCGAUGAUGAUCCUCCACGAGGAAGUGGAUGCGGCCCACGGCGACCUCGCGUGCCGCAACAUCCUCGUACGCAUGCCGCCCAAGGGUCUCGAAGGCACCAUCGACCCCGAGAUCAAGCUCAGCGACUUUGGCCGCAUCAAGACACGCGACCAAGAGCCGCCAAUCCUGAAGUCGUCGUUCAGUUUCUUCAAGAACGCUGACGUCGGGUCGUUCGGGCGGGAUGUUCUGUACCGGCUCCUCGUUGGGGACAUCCUGCCCGCGCAGUCGUUGGAAUCCCGGUCGCUGCAUCGCCUUCUCCAGGACUACGUGGUCAAGUCCGUGCCGGAUGCCGCCGCGGCGGCGCUAGGUCCGUACCGCAGUCUCUUCGACAAGUGCACCGCGUGGGGCGUCCGCCCGACGUUUCGAGCCAUCCACGACCACAUGGAAGCGUUGGAGUACUUUGAAGUGUUUGAAAACGGGUUGUUUCCCCUGAAACCAAACCUGCACCACCUCAACGCAUCGUCAUCCACGUCAUCCACGUCGUCGUCGGCGAUGCUGUCGACGCCAGACAUCAAGCGCAGUUUGUCGUUUCAACGAGGAUCGAGCAGCUGCUCCAAGAAGCACGACGCGGCCCCGUCCCCGCUGCCGCCCCUACCAGCCAAACCCGACCAACCACCGCCAUCCGAUAGCAAAGUCAACUGGCUCAAGCCCCGCCCUGUGCCAUCCACGGCAGUAGUACCCCUCAAGCAAGGCAACCCAGGCACGUCGCGGAGAUCGCUCAAGAUAUUGAACGAGAUCUCCAAACAGAGAUAUUUAAAACAAUAGAACCGCU